UCCUGUGGACAACGGUUUAAAUCCACCAUGCUUUUACCGUCAGCCCCAUUCUCUUCGGUUAUAACCACAGCAUAGACUUUACAUAUCCCCCAUACGUUUUAAAGUGUACGGUUUUCGCGAAAUAUAAAGCGAAGCUCGUUGAUUUCUUAUCAAGAUAACGGCGUAAACCUAGCGGUACUUAACGGCGCGCGACUCGAAUGCGUGCUGCUCGCGCGCGCCCUCUCUCUGCUCGUGACGUCAGCGAGAUUGUGUGAGAGCCUCGAGCCCUGCGCGCUCUCUCUUCAUACUGACCCUCCAUUGUGAGCACGCUAGCGAUGCCAGCGCUCGCAGCCGCCGCCGCCGCCCAGUAGAGACCCAGAGGACCGAGCACCACGACCCCGCUACAAACACCGAGAGAGCGCGAAAGACACGGAGACAGUCUUAUGCCCCAACCCAACGUUGGCUAUUGCGGGAUUUAAUGCUUUAGCUAGUCGCCGACAGGGAGAGAGAGUGCGUGUGUGAGAGAGAGGGAUAGGGACAGCCUUAGAGAGGGAUAAGGAAGAAAUAUCGGGGAAAAGGAUUGCUCGUUGUUUCUCACCCUAACCAUUUUGGAGAUAAAGAAGAGCCGAGGUUCAUUUAGCCAUGGGAUGUACACUGAGCGCAGAGGAGAGAGCGGCUCUGGACAGGAGCAAAGCCAUCGAGAAAAACCUCAAAGAGGAUGGAAUCACUGCUGCUAAAGAUGUUAAAUUGCUUCUGCUAGGGGCUGGGGAAUCUGGAAAAAGUACCAUCGUGAAACAGAUGAAGAUUAUCCAUGAGGAUGGUUUCUCUGGUGAUGAUGUGAAGCAGUACAAGCCCGUGGUCUACAGCAACACCAUUCAGUCUCUGGCUGCUAUCGUGCGUGCCAUGGACACACUGGGGCUGGAGUACGGAGACAAGGAGCGUAAAGCUGACGCCAAGAUGGUUUGUGAUGUUGUGAGUCGUAUGGAGGAUACUGAGCCCUACUCCCCAGAGCUGCUGUCCGCCAUGAUGCGCCUGUGGUCUGACUCAGGCAUUCAGGAGUGCUUCAGCCGUGCCCGCGAGUACCAGCUCAACGACUCCGCCCAAUAUUACUUAGACAGUUUAGAUCGCAUUGGUGCUCCAGAUUACCAGCCCACAGAGCAGGACAUUCUGCGAACUCGAGUGAAGACCACCGGGAUUGUAGAAACCCACUUCACCUUCAAGAACCUGCACUUCAGGCUGUUUGAUGUGGGAGGUCAGAGAUCAGAGAGGAAGAAGUGGAUCCACUGCUUUGAGGACGUGACCGCCAUUAUCUUCUGCGUGGCUUUGAGUGGAUACGAUCAGGUGCUCCAUGAAGACGAGACCACGAAUCGCAUGUUUGAGUCUUUGAAGCUGUUUGACAGCAUCUGCAACAACAAAUGGUUCACAAACACCUCCAUCAUUCUCUUUCUCAACAAGAAGGACAUAUUUGAGAAGAAAAUUAAGAAAUCUCCCCUAAGUAUCUGCUUUCCAGAGUACUCAGGUUCAGACAUUUUCGAAGAAGCGGUGGACUACAUUCAGUCCCAGUUUGAGAGUAAGAACAAGUCAGUUGACAAGGAGAUCUACACGCACAUCACCUGUGCUACAGACACAAACAACAUUCAGUUUGUCUUUGAUGCUGUUACUGAUGUCAUCAUUGCAGGCAACCUGCGCUUUUGUGGACUUUACUAAUUCGCAGGAUAGGUUUUAAUAAGUGUAUUGUUGUCCAUUGGUUUUCUUCACAUUAUGUCAAGCCUUUAAAGGCUUUUUAAAGGUGAGAAAAGUUCUCACAUAGCUGUUAUUUCAUUUAUAAGGGGGUGGGUGCUAAAUUUAAACCAAAAGUCUUUACAUUUGAUUUUGGUACAUUGUUACAAAUGCAGGAAUGUGCUUUUAAUGUCCUUGUGAUAUGUUUGGGUGAGGUCAAGAGAAAGUGUAUUUUGAGGAAUUUUAGGUGCCAAACUUUCACUAAUGCCUACUUUUUUCCUGUUGUGACUGAGAUUUGUAAAAUGUCAGACCUGACUUUUUAUUCCUAAUACACAUUGUGUAGAUAAAUUAUUUCGGAUCGUAUAUGUAUUGCAUUCUAAUGCAGUGUGUAGGUGGAUCUAUAAAUGCUCUGUACACUUACUGUAUAUAUGAGAUAUAUAUGAUAAAUGAAUGCAUUGUGGAAUAUGAAUUUUAAGAAUAUUCACUAGCUGGCUUAUAUUACAUCUGUUCAGGGUUGACAGCAAUCCUGGAGUGUUGAUGAAACACUAGGCUUGACAUUUACUUGGCAUUUAGAGGAGUGUAAAUGUCCAGUGCCCUGAGCCAAACCACAAAAAUGUUAGCCUCUUAGCAUCCAAAAAAGCAAGAAGACUUGAUACUUUUAAAAAUUGGAUUUGGGACAUCUUAGCCCAUAUACACAGGAGAUACCGAAAACAAAAUCUGUCACUUUUAAUAUUUUUUCAGUCAAGGAGAGUAUCCUUGUGCAUUUACAGUAUAUUUACUGUAUAUGCAGUAUGGUUGCAUUGUGUGGUCCAAAUUGUGUUGUUUAUCACUUGAUUUAUGGCAAUAAUUUAAAUCAGUUUUGGCUGUAAAAUAUAAUUUACAUCCUAAUAAAGGCCUUAUGUCCUUCUAAGGUUAAAAGAGACAUAUACUGUAGCAAGAACUGGACUGUACUAGAUAUCACUAUUGCUAAAGUGAUGAAUUCACUGAACUCUUUAACACCACCUCAUCUGCUGUUUGUUUUAGCUAUAGUUCAGUCUGUUUUUAUAUACAGUAGCUUGCUGAUAGUGUCAAUAGCUGUAGUCGUAAGCACUUUGUUAGUCAUAUAGAGAAGCAAGACAGCUAACAAAAGUAACAAGGUUUUCAGUUUUUGUUUUUGUUGAUCUGUAUGGUGAUCAUAAUAAAUCAGUAGGAACAUACUUUAAAACAAAGCAGGCCUUUUAAUACACCUUACAGUAUGUCCUUGCUUUGAAUACAUCCUUUUUGUAUAAAAUUACAGAUACGUUCAUACACGAUAUAUGAGCUGUGGAUGAAAAAAGCAUUGUGGCUUUAAAAGCAUUGUAGAAAACUGUCUUACACCAUAAAAAGCAAAAAGUUGAAUCAAAUUAAAGGGGACUUUUCACAAGACUUUUUUCGAUGUCAAAUAAAUCUUUGGUGUCCCCAGAGUACAUAUGUGAAGUUUUAGCUCAUAAUACCAUAUAGAUAAUUUAUUAUAACAUGUUAAAAUUGCCACUUUGUAGGUUUGAGCAAAAAUGUGCCGUUUUUGGGUGUUUCCUUUAAAAUGCAAAUGAGCGGAUCUCUGCACUUAAUGUCAGUGCCGUGGUUGGAUAGUGCAGACUAAGGGGCAGUAUUAUCCCCUGCUGACAUCACAAGGGGAGCCAGAUUUUAAUGACCUAUUUUUUCACAUGCUUUGAGAGAAUGGUUUAUCAAAACUAAGUCACUGGGUUGAUCUUUUUCACAUUUUCGAGGUUGAUAAAAGCACUGGGGACCCAAUUAUAGCACUUAAGCAUGGAAAAAGUCUCAAAUUUUCAUGAUAUCUCCCCUUUAAGUAAUUACUUCAAUUGGUAACACCUAAAAAAUUAAGUUAAUAAAGUGAAAUUUAAAGGCGAUUUUUGCACGAUUUUUGGGAAACGCUUUGGAAAAGGGUCGAGUACCAAAACACACCUGUAGCCAAUCAGCAGUGAGGGGCUACUAACCGACAUCGUUGCCUGGGUUGCGUAUGUGUGGGGCGGGUCUAUCAAAAGAAGGUCCAGAUCUAUUGGGGUAGGGGCGUAUUUGUUUAGGUGAUUUCAGAUAUCAUCGUUAGCUUUUACAGAUCGUGCACCUCGUCUUUAAGUUGAAAAAAAAUCAUUUUUUAGGUGUUACUAAUUUAAUUAAAUUGAUUCAACAUUACUGUUUUCUUUAGCUAGCAACUGUAAAUCUGUAUAAUUGUGAAUAAAUGUAAGAAUUUGCUUCAGGGUACCAAAAGACAAGGAUUUAUGUUCCUGAAAGCCAAAACUGUACAAUUAAUGGUACAUAUUAUAAUCGUUUCUUAUUAAAACAAGUGACCUGUGCCAGUUAUGAGUUGUUAUUUGUGCUAUUGAGGCCAGUUCAGUACUGAGUGCCAAUAAGAUGACUUAUUGGCCAUUUCCGUUUUUGAAGUGAUGUAAAUGCUUUCACUGUGGAGAGCAAGUAUAUGGUGUUGAAUAUAGCGGCUUGCAUUCCAGAGGCCAUCAGGUACAGCAGUGGUUCUCAAACUGGGGUCCGGCGCCCCCAGGGGGGCCGCGAGAUGGUGCCAGGGGUGCCCCAGUUUUAUGACAUUUUAUAAAAUACAUUCAUUUAUCAUGAAUUCUGUGUAAUUAAACUAAAAAAAUAAGGCUACUAACCAGCAGCACUACUUUGUAUAACUUAAUAUGUUUUGUUUAAUUAAAAUUUUAAAUUUUAGAACAGUUUUUGUCAUACAUUUUUUUUUGGGGGGGGGGCAAAAGGAAUGCACUGUACACAGCAAGGGGGGCCGCACGCUGAAAAAGUUUGAGAACCACUGAGGUACAGCAAUAGCAUUUUUGUACAGGUACAGCAAUAGCAUCUUUGGCCUUAAUCCCAAAUUGAUUGUUCAUUGAAUGUGAAUCGUACUGUAGCUUAAUAGAAUGAUUCAGUGUUGUGCAGCUAUGUACAAAAACUGUGAGCUCAGAAAUAUGGGAAAAUAGGUCAGUGGCCAAUGCAAGAGAAACUUAAUGAGAAUUUAAUCUGUCUGGUUAUAAAGGACAAUGGCAAGUUUAUUUAUACUGGAAAUAUCUGUUGGUCAUGUAUUCAUAUUCCUCUUAUCAAACUGACUGAUUGAUUUCAAGUGUAACAGGCUAAUUUAGUGCUAAUGUAGCGUGAAAAUAUAUUUAGAUUUUAGUUUUUUAUUUAGUUUUUAAUUCAUGUUUUAUUCUGAAUAUGCCCCCAAAUUAAAAUCAAAUUAAAAAUAUGAAGCAAAAUCUUUGAAUUUGAAUAAAGAUAUCUAAACAUGCUUAAUAUAAAAUGAAAGACCUGUGUAUAAAAUUAAGCUUAGUCCUCCCCACUGACAAAUAAUAUUUUCAUGUUUAUUUAUUUAUAAAACAAGAAAAUGCUUUUAUACAUACUUUUGCUUCUCAAUGUAAAACAAGCAGAAAUUAGAAAAAAAUAAUAAUCUAAUCCCUGUGCCCAUCAGUACAGUAGUUUUUUGUUUUAGUUUGUUUGUUGUUUGUCACACUGCUGUAAUUACUGUUUGUAUCUUUCACCUCUGUGAUUAUUUAUUGAACAAUGGAUGUUUAUUUAUGUGACAUAAAUGAAUAAAGUGCUUAUGAAAUUCUGUGUGCGACACUCAAUUUUCAGUCUGUUUUUUUCUCACAGAAAUAAAAGCAGAUUGUGAAAGCUGCUGAUUGGAUGUAUGUUCUCUGUAAUCAGGAGGUUUGUUGUAAAGAUUGCUAUUCUGUUUACUCGCGUGGGUUAAGCUAAUGUUCAUAUCGGUCUUUAUUGCCAACUUCUUACAAAAUUGUCUCUUAGGAUCAAAGUUAAUUUAUCAUCAGAUGCUGGCAGUGCUGAAACAAUAUUUACAGUGAUUGCAGUUCUGGUGGAUCAUACAAGAUCCAAUAUCUGGAUCCUGUGGUCUUGUGCAUGUUCAAAUGUUGAUGUUCUCGUCGAAGCAUACUGAGAUCAUUGUCUGCAUACCAGUUAAAUAGCAUAUAACUUUAUCAUACUGCAUGUUCUAUUCACACUAUGCAUUAAUUGAUAUAAACCAAUUAAUGUUUCAGUUUUGUGGCCCUUAACUAGUUGCUUAUCUUCGCUCUCUCUUGCUGUUUAGACAUUUCUCCACUAACUUUUUCUGGUUUCUCUGUUUC